AUGAUGGAGUACUGUUCGUGCCAUCAAUGUUUUCUGGUGGAUGAUGGACAUGUCAAGAAGCUGUUGGGCAGACAAGUGGUUUGGUCAGGGCAUAUUAUGCACAAAGCUGCAAGUCCAAUAGAUACUGCAAUCUAUCAUUGCCAUGAAAUGAUUUCUGUGGUUGGCCAGCCAAUUGUGAUAUUUCAGAGAAUCAUUGUUACAAAAUCUUGA